GUGUUUACAUAGUAUAAGCACACGAGCGUAUCUAUAUAGCUUCUUCAGUUCGAGAAUUCAUUCAAGUACGCUUUUCUCUUUCUUCUUUCCUUCCUUCCACCGGUCAACUCGUUCAUUCUCCUCUGAGUUAACUCACCUCCCGCAGUAACAUUUUUCUUUGGAAACUUCCGUGCUAAGUAUCUGCUGCAUAGUAUGGAUCAGCAGGAAGAGAACAAGAUAGGCACUGAGCUUAACGUUGAUCAAGAAGAGAGCAGAUUGGACGCUGAGCAUAAUAUGGAUCAAGAAGAGGUCAAGAUUGGCACUGAGCAUAGUAUGGAUCAGGAAGAGAGCAAGAUGGUCACUGAGCAUAACAUGGAUCAAGAAGAGUCCAGAGUGGCCACUGAGCAUAACAUGGAUCAAGACGAGAACAAGAUGGGCACUGAGAACAAUUCGAAUCAAGAGAGCAGGAUGGACACUGAGCAUAACAUCGAUCAAGAAGAGAGUAGGAUUGACACUGAGUAUAACAUUGAUCAAGAAGAGAGCAAGAUGGGCACUGAGACUCAUCCUGAAUUUUCUUCUAAUCCUAAUCCUCAGUCAUCAGAAAAUGAUGACAACAAGAAGGAUACUCUUCCUCCUGAAGGAUCUGGUAAACCAGAGUUGAGUGAGAAGGUUACUCCACAAUCAUUGAAGGCAAAAAAAGUUGUUAAGAAAUCUCUGGUCCCUAAACUUAAGGCCAAGAAGAACAAUGGUUCCCCUAAGAUUGUGAGGAAGAAAAUAAAGAGGAAGAACAAAAAAAUAGGAGACAAUGCUGAAAGCUCUCACAAUGCAGAUGAGAAACUAAUUUCAGGCAGUACCCAGCAGAAUGAAACUAAGGACGAACCGCCUAAGGAGAAAAAUCAGGAGGCGGAAAACAAUGAAGUGAAGGUAAGUCAGAAUAUGAGCAAUAAUGACAAAAGUCCUAUGGAGAAGAGUCAUCAGGAUGAAAAAGAUAAGGAGAUCAAUCUGUUGGAUAAGACUGAACAAGAACAGAAGAGUGAAGAGAAGCACAAGGAGUCAAAUAAGGGUUCUAGGAGGAGAAAAAACAAAAACAAGCCAAAUGGCACGGAAAAGAGUCCAUCAAAUGACAAAAAGAGUGAAAAGCUUGGUGGUCUCAUCUUUAUGUGCAGUGCUAAGACAAAGCCUGAUUGUUUCCGCUAUCGUGUCAUGGGUGUUUCAUCUGCUAAAAAGGAUGAUGUUCUACGGAUCAAGCCUGGACUUAAGCUCUUUCUUUAUGAUUUUGAUCUGAAGCUGCUAUAUGGAGUUUACAAGGCUUCAUCUUCUGGUGGCUUGAAGAUUGAACCUAGAGCUUUUGGUGGCAAGUUUCCUGCCCAGGUGCGGUUCAAUAUUGUUUCUGAUUCUUUCCCGCUGCCGGAAAGCAUUUUCAAAAAGGCUAUCAAGGAUAAUUAUAACGCAAAGAACAAGUUCAAACCAGAACUUACUGUUGCACAAGUUAGGAAGCUCACUAGACUUUUCCGACCAGUUGGAGCUCAUUCAGCAGUGCAGCAGCCUGUUUUUUCUCAUCCAAAAGCAAUAAUUCAAGAAAGGGAGGCUCCAGGUCAGGUCAGGGGAUUUCAACACAAUUUGCACAGGGAAAGAGCUGUUGGACAUCAACUUGAGCGUCGAGAGGAUAUUCCCCGUGAUUCAUUUCUUUUGGAGAAUAAUUAUCGAGUUUAUGAUCGAAGGAAUGUGGCUGCUACUUCUCAUGUUAAUCCUGUAAGGGAACCUUAUGAGAGAGAUUAUGAAAACCGUCUCGUGGAACCUCGCUACCAAAGCAAUGUCCCCGUUCAUGUUAAAAGUUUUAGAAGGGAUCCCAUUUAUAUGAAUGACCGUGAACAGCUGAGCUAUACUCGUGUUGUUCCUGACCAUAUAAAUGAUCGUUAUGCCUAUCAAUAUGGUGCUUCAUCUAGGGAUGAAUACUUGGCUCCUUUAAGGAGAGAGGCCGUCGCUCCCAGCUCGUAUUUGGUUGGGGGAAGACCUUUUGCCGAGACUGAUAACUUGCGAAGGAGAGAGAUCGUUGAAGAUAGGCAUUACUCAAUAUAUUCUGCUGCUGAUGCUUUACCUGAUUACCAUCAAAUGCAGCCAUAUCGCGGAGACAAGUUGGAAGCCUCGCCUUUACGAGUUUCAUCUCGUUACUCUUUAGCUGGCCCUUCAUAUUCUCGUCGCUGACUUCAACAUGCAAUUUGAAUCCCUUGGCAUGUCUUCCUUUUGACUAUCUUUCAUGUUAAUUAUUGACUGAGAUAUUUUAAAUUCUAUGAAUCAUACAUAAAUGCUUAGGUCCCUCUGGAUUCCGAACACAUUUCUUCAUUCAGUUUUAAAUGUUGUUUAAUGUACGGAUCAACACAAAAAUAUGUCAAUUUACGAACCAAACUCAUGGAACUUUUGAUGAGGGGGGCUGGUUUGAUGUCAAUUGGUGACUACUGAUUUGAAAGAGGUUUGGAAGUUAAGCACUGUAUAGUGGUUUUAUGGAGGUAAGAGUUUUAGGAUGAAUACCAAAACCUAAUAAAAAUGAAUGCCUGCAUUAUUUUUCUAA